GACGCAGCGCCGAGCAAUCCACUGCGGAGCCGCGCGAGGCCGCCCGAGCCCGAGCCCCGGCCCCGAUCACCAAGCGAGCGCCGCCGCCGCCUUGCUUCAGCCGGUCCCCGGACGCGCCGCCGCCGCCACCGCCGGGAAGGCAGCCGGCGCCGAGCAAGUUGCGAGCGCGCCUCUCCGCCCGGGGAAAGUUUCCCCCGUGGCCGCUGGCGGGAGUUGGCGCGGGGUCUGGCCGUUACCGCUGGAAGAGUUUAUCCUGAAGCCACCAUCUGAAAGAGACCUCAAGAGAAUCUUGACACCCCUGCAAGGAAAAGACACCAGUUGAGAAAGAGCCUGCCAUGGAGCUGUUCAGGCUUGGCAAGCAGCAGGGGUUCAGAAACCAAAUUAACAGGUGGGCAUCUCCUGGACAGCCCUAAGCUUGCAGCAGCCAGACAUUCUGACACUGUCGUCAAAGCAGCGUGAACCCUUUGAAUCUGAACUUCUAAAAAGUGGACACAAUCUUUUUCCAGACUUCUCAACGCCGGCUACCCAGGACAGGCUGGGCCCAUAAAAGAAAUAUACAGGAACCCCUGUGACCGGGAGACUCUGUCCUGCUGACACCCAAAGAACUGCCCAGGUGGAGAACCAUGGAAGGCGACUGUCUAAGCUGCAUGAAGUAUCUAAUGUUUGUUUUCAAUUUCUUCAUAUUUCUUGGGGGCGCCUGCCUGCUGGGCAUCGGCAUCUGGGUCAUGGUGGACCCCACCGGCUUCCGGGAGAUUGUGGCUGCCAACCCCCUGCUCAUCACGGGAGCCUACAUCCUCCUGGCCAUGGGGGGCCUGCUUUUUCUGCUCGGCUUCCUGGGCUGCUGUGGGGCCGUCCGGGAGAACAAGUGUCUGCUGCUGUUUUUCUUCCUGUUCAUCCUGAUCAUCUUCUUGGCAGAGCUCUCGGCGGCCAUCCUGGCCUUCAUCUUCAGGGAAAAUCUCACCCGCGAGUUCUUCACCAAGGAGCUCACCAAGCACUACCAGGGCAACAACGACACAGAUGUCUUCUCUGCCACCUGGAAUUCUGUCAUGAUCACAUUUGGUUGCUGUGGGGUCAACGGGCCUGAAGACUUUAAAUAUGCAUCAGUUUUCCGACUCCUGACUUUGGACAGCGACGAGGUGCCAGAGGCCUGUUGCCGGAGAGAACCCCAGAGUCGGGAUGGGAUCCUGCUGAGCAGGGAGGACUGCCUCCUGGGAAGGGACCUGUUCCUAAACAAGCAGGGCUGUUACACGGUGAUCCUCAAUGCCUUCGAAAGCUAUGUCUACCUGGCCGGAGCCCUCGCCAUAGGGGUGCUGGCCAUCGAGCUUUUUGCCAUGAUCUUUGCCAUGUGCCUCUUCCGGGGCAUCCAGUAGAGGGCGUGGCCUGCAGCUUGAAGACUCACCCUGCCCACCACUGCCCAACACCCAAUGCCCUCCCCUCCCCCACACCUCUGCCCUCUAGGCCCUGGGGGAGGAGGUGAGGCCAUCGUGAUGGCCAGGAGAAGGGGCAGAGGAAAAUAGCUAUUUUUUUUAACUAAACAAAAUGAAGACAAACAUAGGGACUGAUGUCGCCUGUCCGGACUCCAGAGUAGGUGUUGCGGGCUCUCUGCAGGGGCCCCAGCACCAGGACGCAGUCUGCACUAGAGACCAAAGCAACACCAGAGCCAGGCGCCAUCCUCGGCUCAGACGGAUCUGGCAGCCCCGGACCUGGGCUGUCAGCUCCCAGCUUCAGGACCUGAUGCCAAGAAAGUAAGGAUUAAGACAAGAAGGCGGCCAAAGGAAAUUGUGGAGAGAGGUUGCCAAAGCCCAGGGGCCCCAAGAAGAGCUGUCCUUAAGGAUCUGGAACCCACGUGAAGUCCCUGGUCCUCGGAGGAUGGCGCUGUCCCUGCUUCAGACUGGGGCCGAGAGGGGGCUGCAGACACUAGAUCCACGAAUGGCCCAGCUGGUAGGGUCCAUGCUUCCGCCAUCUGUUGGACCGAAUAAUCCAGAAAGCCGAGCGAGAGGGGCAGUUUCUCAUUCACAGCUACACAGUACACGCACGACAGUUCUGAACAAGAACCCCGCCAUCCCCAGACUGCCGGUCACUCCCUCCCAGGCUCUUGGUCCCGGCUGACCUGCUGCUCACACCCGACCCUGGCCUCAGCAUCCUGGUUACCCCAGAAGACGGAGGGCAGGAUGGUCAGGAACUGCCUCUUCCUGGCUCCACAGCUAAGAAAAUUCUGGACUCUGCCCUCUCUCCCACCUUCCCACACUUCUAAGCCCCAGGAAUACACACACGUACACACACCCCAGCCCCUUUUCUGCACUGCCUGCCUUUCCUCACAAGCUGUCCCCUGUUUUCCAACUCUCUGGCUCCCAGGACUGGAAGGAACCCCCAAGAUCAUGUGGUUCUCCUCUCCCCACUCAGAAUUGAGGCUUGGAUGUCUUCUGCAAGAUCCCUGCCAAGACUGCUCCACCUUCUUGCACACCUCCAAGGACAGGGAGCUUACUACCUCCCAAGACAGGCUGCUGCCUUUGGACUGCUCUGACUUUAGCAUCAGCUGAAUACACAGGAAAGGUUUCUGUUUUUCUGUGGUUCUGUCCAACGCAUCCCACACGCUUCUUCCCAAAGUGUUAAGACCACACAUUGUCCCCCUGUUAUCUCCAGGCUAAAGAACCCCAGGGCAUCUUAUCAUUUCUGCUGUGACAUGGUUUCCUGUCCCCUCACCGUCCAUAGCACAUUUCUGAGUGUUCCCUCCAGGUUCUGGCAGGGAGGUUUCCCACAGACUCACACCCACACAGAACCCACAAAUCAGCCCUUCAUACGUAGGUCUCAAAUUCGAGACCAGUGUUGGCACCUGUAUUGCAAGAUGCCUCGAACCUGAUCAAUCAAGAGUGACUGCUGGAGGCUGUGGUGAGGAUCAGAGGUAUGGUCUGUGCUCAAUGGGGAAGAAGAGCGUACUCUUGAUUAGUGAUGUCUGCCAAACAACUUAAGCUUGAUUGGUGAUGUCUGCCACAGGUAUGGUCAUGGGAGGGACAGUAUGGUACCUACUCUCCUCUUUCCAUUGUCUCUCUUCAGGGUCUGGGAAGAGCCUAUUCUGUCUCACAGGCCUUGUGCCAGCUUCUAGCCUCCCCCCACCCCCCAGCUUUCCAGCCACUGGGAAACAAAGCAGCAGCCUAGAGCCCAGUACUCCCCUGCUCUGUCACCUACCCCCAUCUGAGAUGCAGCCAGAGCUCUGUGCCUGCUGUAGAUUCGGUUUGACCCUCCUGCUGUCCUCACCAAUCCUAGCCCUCUCUCCUGGUCUCUGAGCUUGUCCCUAUAACAGCCUGCUCUGGCAACUCCACAAGUGAUGUGGACUGGGCAUGCCCAGUACCCAGGGGGGGGGGGGGCAGACAGCUCCUACUCCAGCCCAGCCUGAGAACCGCCUGGGGCCUGCCCCUCUCUAAAGCCACCCACAAGCUUAGCUCCAACUUCCUGGCAGAAGCAAAUGGCUGAUGUGAGGCUGACCGAAACAAAAAAAAACCCUUCAGCUUAAGGUCAACGUGGGCAGCUGUGUGGCUCCAGCCCAGGGGCCUCUCAGGCUCCUGGGCCCCAUCUGGUCCCCACUGCCCAGAAUCUGGGACCCUGAAGGUAGAAAAGCCUUCGGAGCCCCAUGAGAGGGAGGAUGGGCAGGCCGAGGAGGAGCGCCUGGCAUGGCUGAGGUGGGCUCAAGGACGGAUGCGAGAUUCUCACCCCCUAAGGCUUUCCAGAAAGGGGCCAAGGAGCCCUGAUCUGCCCCCGCUGGUCACACCCUGGAGCUGGGAAGGGGAAGUAGGGGUCUGUGCUCUGCAGCAUGAACGCAGGCUGGUAGCUGUUUGCACAGCUGUCUGCGGCCAUCCCGAGGUGGGGCACGAUGAGAGGGUGAGCUCGGCCCCAAUCAGGCACCACUCACAACAGCCCAUCAUAGGUGCAGGUGGCAAUUUGGGACUGCUGUGGGGUGUGCAGCGCUGAGGCUUCCUCUGACCCCUGCUAACUGGCCAAGUGCUCGGGAAGACCUUACACUUUGUCACACACCCCACUCUGUACUGGAGGCCACCUUCCUGCUCUGCCACCUCUUGGGGAAGAAAAUUAGGGUCUGAUGGUUGGGGUCCCCCCCAGCCUCCCUUUUCCCCUCCCCCCCCUUGCCUAAGGGGCCCAGACAGGAUCCCCCAAACCAGCUGAGGCCCCAGCACCCCAAUCUCCCAAGAAGCCCCCUUCCUUUCCCUGGUGGGUCCUAUGUCGAAAGUCUAUUUUGAAAACUGUAAAUGUUCCUCACAG